AUGGAAGAUCCAUCUAAGUUUGAUCCAAUCAACCGCUUGUCCCUCAACUGGGAACAACGUGCACAAAUCAUUGAGGGAGUGACUCAAGGGCUCUUGUAUCUCCAAGAAUACUCAAGACUAACAGUAAUUCAUAGGGACCUAAAAGCUAGCAAUAUUCUAUUGGAUGAUCAAAUGAAACCCAAAAUAUCAGAUUUUGGAAUUGCCAAAAUAUUCCAAAAGGACAAGGUUGAAGCAAACACCGAUCGAGUAGUUGGCACCUAUGGUUAUGUUCCACCUGAAUAUGUACGAGAAGGGAUAUAUUCCACAAAAUCGGAUGUUUUCAGCUUUGGAGUUCUACUUCUUCAAAUAAUCAGUGGAAGAAAAAAUACAUGCUUUUAUGGACCUCAUUCAAAUAUAAACCUCCUAGAAUAUGCAUAUGAGCUAUGGAAAAAUGGAGAAGGCAAAGAGUUUCUAGAUGAAACACUGGAUGACACACAUUCAUCUUGCAAACUAAUGAGAUGCCUUCAAAUUGCUCUUCAGUGUGUUCAAGAAGAUCCAAAUGAUAGACCUAACAUGCUAGAAAUUUCUCAUAUGCUUAGGAACGAGAAUUUGGAUAUGAAGCAUCCAAAAAGACCAGCCUUCUCUAUUAAAAAAGACGAAGGUGGAGAUAAGCCCUCCACACAGUCAGAAGGAACAGGACAAGUUGAUACUGCAACCAUCACAAGACUAGUUGCUCGAUGA